AUGUGGGCUGUCAUGACUGUGGUUGUUAUUUUCGAAUUUUCUGUGGGAGCAACUCUUGGAAAAGGGUUAAACAGAGGAAUUGCAACAUUAUUAGGUGGUGGGUUAGGUGUUGUGGCUCAUCGGUUAGCAAGUUUUGCAGGGGAAAAGCCAGAAAGUAUCAUACUUGGGCUAUCUGUUUUCUUGAUAGCUAGUGUGGUAACAUUCGCUAGAUUUUUCCCGAAAAUGAAAGCGAGAUACGAUUAUGGGCUGCUUAUAUUCAUCCUCACAUUCAGCCUGAUAUCUGUGUCGGGCUAUCGGGAAGAAGUGGUGCUGGACAUGGCCCACCGGAGGCUGUCGACGGUCCUUAUAGGCGGCUCGGCCACUAUCUUCAUUUGCAUAUUCAUAUGCCCGACUUGGGCCGGUGAGGAUCUUCACAAACUCACUGCUGCCAAUAUGGAAAAGCUUGGGGCUUUCUUGGAAGGUUUUGGACGAGUAUACUUCCCGGAGCCGAACGACGGAAACCUGGAGAACAAAAUGCUCAAGGAUGAAUACAAGAGUGUUCUCAACUCAAAGGCCAUUGAGGAUACUUUGACACCGCUCGAAAUGCGAGAAAAAAUAAAAGAACCGUGCGUGAAAAUGAGCUCCGAGUGCAGUUAUGCCCUGAGGGAACUAGCAGUCUGGAUCGAGAUGAUGACCUGUUCGUUGACAGCCGAUAUUCAUGUUGUAAAAGCAAAGGCGUCCGCCAAGAAGCUCAAAGCCCAACUGAAAACGGGCCUUUGGCCCGAUACGGAUCUGCUGGACAUAGUCCCGGCUGUCACGGUUGCUUCGCUGCUGAUCGAGAUCGUCUCGUGCACGGUGAAGAUAGCUGACUCGGUCCACGAACUCGCCUUGCUGUCGAAAUUCAAAAUGCCCAAUGCGAAGAUGACAAAGCAACUGAGCCUGGAAAGGGUGGUGUCUGGGACUUUUAGUAUUGAAGGAUCACACAAUGUUAAUAUCAUAGUUGAAUGA